GGAAUAUUUACUUCCUGACGCGUAGCUAAUUUGCUCGCAAUGCGUCAUCGUUUAGGUCACCAACCCUCAAGAAUAAGUAGGUGUCCUACCAUGAUUGCACAAGAUUCAGAUACAUCCACUCUCGUACAACACAAGCAUCGACUUCAUACCGCAUUUCAGUCCACAACCCAACGGUCCAGGCCAAGCCAGAGCUCAACGACAAAAACCCCUUCUCAAUACAGCCUCUCGAGGGAAUUCGUGUGCCCAAACUUGCUCCAACCCCACCAUUCGAAACGGUCCAGAACUCAAUCGAUCUGCACCUCCCUGUGCCACACCUACACAACCUUGCAAACGUUAACUUAUUGUAAUGAGGACGUGCUGGGCUGGGUAUUUAUAUCUGACAUCUGUUCUCUGCUGCGUGAAACAUUUUGGUCAGUCGUUUCCGACAUUUCCGUGCUUCUCCAUCCAUCUAUCUACUCCGCGGGUAACUUGACUUUUUACAUCACAAUGUUACUCUCCAUCCACGAUACUACCCAUAUACUACCGAUUAAACUAACUAUUCGAACAUCAAACUCAACACGCUAGCAGAAGCAAGAGUCGAAAAUAUGAAUACAGCCUGAAUCGAGAGGUCAGGUGGUGUGCGAAGCUUCACUGGACAAUGCCCGCAUGCCCAUGAAAUGGAUUUCAGUAACUCGGCACCUUGGGACCACGAGGAAAACGAAAAGGUUGCAUGCUGGGCCAGGGCUGGCACCCAAAUGACAAUGAUAUUAUCGCAGGUAUCAAAACUUAUUCAUCAGACGUUCCAAACACACCGGAAACAAAUCCACGAACGCGCCGUUUCUGCCAAUGCCAGGGACAACUAUCUGCCUUCUGUAUCUCUGCUAGAUGUCUUUGUUCGUCAAGGGAUCCGGGCUCAAUGCGUCUCCCCGAUCAUAAAUGCGAAAUAUACGACAAGAAAAUCCUUCUUCCAUGACGGCCAACACCAAGAAGCCAUCAGUGUUAGAAUACCCAUACUGUCUCGCUCCGAACGCCAUACUCCUCAUGAUGUAGCGUCACGCGUACAUCGGGCACAUAUCACUAUAUCGGUGGCUCAAACGUAGGUGCGCUGGCGCUUUUCUGGCGGGCUUUGGCCAUCCAUUCGCCCUUGGCUGGUUUGUGAGAUGCUUGUUGGGAAACUAGCUCGGCUCGCGCUGGUGGGCGUCAGGCCGUACUGGUUUGCGCCAUUUACCAUGCCAUAGCCCUGGUCCAUCCCUGCGGUCAUGGGAGACUGCUGCGGCAUCUGUCCCGGGGACCAAGUGGCGCCAGUCGCCGGCGGCGUGGGCGUCGUCUCGAACUUGAAAGUUGUUCCGCCGGGAGUGUUCAGGUUGCUCGGCGGGUUCAUGUAACCUGCGCCACCAACUACAUAACCUGAGCCUGACUCUUGUUGAGUCGAAGGGUCAUAACCUUUGAGGAGAUAGCUCAAGUGAUUUUCGACGAUCUUCUGCAUUCCGCUCUUGGUGAAUGGCUUAGCCAGAACUCCGUUCAUACCUAGUCAUGCAAGAUUAGUUCCCAUGUUCGUUCACGACUCCUGCUACGACUAGCGCUUACCGUGUUCAAAAUAGCAGUGGACCUCGUCGGAUCGGAUAUUCGACGUCAUAGCAACAAUGGGAAUGGCAGGGCAGUCUUGCCGGAUAUACAUAGUUGUCGAGACACCAUCCAGCUUGGGCAUUAUGAUGUCCAUGAAGAUCAUGUCGAAAUGAUCACGGGCAACACUAGUGAUACGGCUAUAUGCGUCUGCUCCGUUUUGCUAAUCAAUGGUCAGUCAGGUGGCCCAAUAGGGUUGUUGGGAAAAUCACAUACAGCAUGCUCGACUUCACAGCCCAUCGACUUGAGAAACUUGAUGCCAAUCUUGGCACAAGUCGGAUCAUCUUCAACAAGGAAAAUCCUGGGUUUUCGUGACGCCCAAGUGAGGGCUGAGUUGGUCGACGAGUUAGAGUUUGCGUGUGUUUGGAUGUUGAUGGGCUGGGGAGCAGGAACCUCCUGCAUGGCGUUGGCGCUGGACUCAUUCGGCAUCGCAUAAGGGAUCUUGUGGAUGUGAUCCGAGUGGAAAGGAUCGAUGCCGACGGUUUGACCCACCGGGUACACGGGGUAGCGGUUGAUGUCGUUCAUUGGAUCAUGCAUCAUAGGCAUUGAAGCUUGUGGGAUGACAACUGCGGAGUCUGCCGGAGAUCCAUAUACGCCCUGAAGACGUUCCAGCUCUCGGUCGGCAAUUUGAUCAGGCGUCACGCUAGACAGAAGCUCACGAGCCCGUCGCAGUUCUGGUGCCGAAUCGUCACUGCCAUCCAGAGGAGAUGUUCCGACGUUGAGGUGCAUGCCCUGUUGAUGGCGGUUGCCUGAAGGUGAGAGGAAAUUAAGCAUUUCGUGCUGUGAUUGCUUUUGCGCAUUGAGCAUUUUUUGCAGAGUCAGAACCUCGUUCACAAGAAGUCGAUUGGUUUGAGACACUUCGGUGAAAAGCUCCUGGAGUUGUUGCACUUGCUGCUGGGUAGCUGUCAGUUGUUCAGUCAUGACGCUGAUGUGAUGACUGGUUGUGAAGUCCUCUGUGGCUUGUGUCCUCCUGGGUGCUGGGGCCUUUCGACGAAUAUUAUCGAGAUCAUCCUUGCUGCCCACCCUGAAAUUGGGAUGCUUGAACUCAAGUGUCUAACCUUUUGGUCAUUAUUGGCUUCAACAUCUAAUGGUCAGGUAAACUCACAUUGGCGCCAUUGGCCGCAGAUCCACUGUCAUUUGUUUGUCGCACUUUAUGAAAAUCGUACUUGUUCAAUUGUCGGACAAAACUGGCCAUGUUGCUGUGUUUGAAGUGCUUAGGCAGGAUUGAACGUGUAAAUUUUUCAUUCUAGCGCUGUUAGUAUUUGAUGAUUGUAGUCAAUUUCAGCUCAAGCCUACCUCAACAACAACGAACGUAUCGCCAUCUUUUCCCCAUCGUGCAACAUCUUGAUGCGCUGGAUCUUCGAGCAUCCUUGAAUUUGUUAGCAUUGCAUACACAGGCAGCUACAAGUAGCCAUACCGAUAAAGCUUGCGAACCUAUCAGAGGUGUUAGUUGUGAUGUAAUCAGCCACUGUUGUCUUGUCGACUUACAAACUCGCUGGCAUUGCUGCCACCAACCCCGGGGGUUGAGGUUCCGUCACCAGACAUGUUAUGCGUUUAUAUAUUGAGUGCCUUUGCUACUAUAGGUUUUGCUUCGAGAUGAUUUCGCCGUCGGUCUGCUAUUAGAACAAUACGGAUUGUUCAAGAGUCGAUUCGACGGAUAGCGGAUGGAAGAGGCGUUUAACCGGGCCGAGUCGCCGUUGAUCGUUGUCGAACCUUAGGUAACGAUAAGUCAAAAAAGAACGGUUCUGGUUCUUUUGAACAGUGGAUGAAUGGUUUUCGAUGCGCCGAGGUAAGAUGAUAACGAAUGGCGUAAGGGCUAGAUGCAAACUCGAGAGCUGGACGCGCGUUGAUGUUCAGUCGUAACCAGCAGGUCCAGGGGCUAGAAAGCUCUGCGGGCUAGAGUGCUCCAGAUUGGAUAAAAGGGCCUUCGCAGGGAGAUCGAGGGCGACGAUGCGAUAGAUGAGGGCCGUCGCAAUUGCAAGACCAAGGGGCUGAAAAUGGAGGGAAUGAGGAACGGGAAACGGGGACAGGGCCUGAGUUGUAUCUCAAGACAAAGUUGGGAGGCCGUGUGAGCGGGAGUGGGCACAGGCGUGGGUGGAACGGAAUAGCCUGAGCCUGCUUUUGUCUCUGAACUCGAGUGGCUUGGCUUUGGCGGGGGGUCGUAGUGACUUACCUCUUGGCCCGGAGAUGUGAAUAUUGCCAGGUAUUCAGUACCUAGCGCAGCUUGCUCAACACGCCCUGUUCCGAGAGCAGAUGGCACUUCCCACUUAGGCUGGGGCAGGGGGAUCUGUGCUUUUGCUGGUACUGGUGCUGAUGCUGAUGUCGCUGCUGAUGCUCUGAGCAAGGCGAAAGAGAAAAGCUUGAGCCGGAGUGGGCUUUUCCAGCCAAGGUUGGUUUAGCCUCAACCAAGAUCGCGGUGGGAAUGAAGCGCUAUUGCGCGAACAAGUCUGGCGGCCGUCCCUGUGGGGUGUCCCCUUGUGUCUAUCCAAAGCUUUUUGGUCCUUCACAGCAGUCCAUGACCCUUGGUUGGCUGCCCAGUUGUACUGGAGAUCGUCCCCAAAUUCGACUGUGUGGAGGUGAUCAUGGCGCACCGUGGCCACUAUGUGACCUAAGCUCUGUUUGGAAGAUCGUUAGCUGGUGAAGAAGUGACAAAAAAACCAUCCAGCUGUUGAGAUAUCCAUUCUACUACUGUCCUGGCUUCGGCGCCAUGUUGAUCGUUUUCGCGCCGUAUGUACGGAAGACAGGGCAUCCACUAUAAACACGAAGCCGGUCACGACGAGACAUUUGCUGCAAGAAUGACGAGUCCGUCAGAUUUGUGUUCCUCUUUCUUUAGCCCCAUUGUUUCCGUCACUGCUGACUUGGUUAUGUCAGGAAGGCUGUUGGAGCUGUCCCGUGUCUUGGUUCCAUUUGUAAAGCCAUGCCGUGUUGCGCCAUGCAGGGAGGCGGAUGCAGGUAGUGUUAUUCAAGACUUGGGCAACCGACCACAGAGGUAAAGAAUUCUUUACUUAAUGUUGCAAUCGACACCUAGCCAGCUUUGUGUCCA